AUGAAUUUAUUCAGUCGUAAAAGUGUUGUCCCACCUCCAUCACUCAGUUCACAACCAUCGAUUUCUAAUGCAGCUACGGCUGGUCCAGAAGCAUUCGCGAAUAAUUCAGCGUAUGGUCGAGGCUUUUUCGAACCAGGCGCUUAUUCAGUUGCUUUGAAACGAUGUGAAAACGGACACGAUCUUGCUCAACAACUUGCAGAUAUGUUCGAAGAACGUGCACAACUCGAAUCUGUGUACACGAAUCAAUUACGUGCUUGGUCGAGAAAAUGGCAUACCGAAUUAGUUAAAUCACAAGAAUACGGAACAAAUAAAAAGCUUUGGGAUCAAACUGCAACAGCAGGUGAACAGAUGGCUGAAGUUCAUGGAGCACUGUCGUCCUCGCUAACGGAUAGUUUAAUACCUAAACUUCGUCAAUGGCGAAAAGAUAAUUACGAGAAAUCACGUAUUCAUUAUAAAAAAACAAAAGAAUUCGAAAAAGAAUUUAUGGAUGCGCAAAAGUCCUGGUCGAAAUUAUUAGAUAAAAUCUCGGAAUACAAAUCUGCUUAUUAUGCAGCUUGCAAAGCGGCGAAAUUAGCCGAUGAUGCCGAACGUUCGGCAUCCGAAGAACAACGACGAAAAUUGGCAGAUAAAGCUGAAGUUGCCAGGCGAGAAGUUGGAUCUGCUAAAGCCAAAUACGAACAAGCAGUGAACGAGGCAAGAGAACAAAGGCCUCGUUAUGAAUCAGCAAUGAAAGAGGUAUUUGAACGAACUCAAGCGUUCGAAAAGAAACGUCUGGAUUUCUUCAAAGAAACGUUCGAAGAAUUCUCGAAAGUAUUAGAGACAGCCACGGAAGACAAUCCAACGCUAAAGAAAAUGAAUGAAGACUACAAAACAAGUAUAACUGCACAUGAUUCCAAUGAAGACUUAUCGUGGUGGGAUCAAAAUUAUGGUACGCAAACCAACAGUCGCUGGCCGGAAUAUGAAGAAUAUCGUGAUUGA